AUGAAGAACAGAACUUUGCUUCGUCGACUCAACAGGACGCUGGCGUCCUUGUCAUCCCAUCCCUCAAAACCAGCGAUUGCAUGUUACUCGACAUACCCGCCAAAAGCACGACUCAACGUCCCAACCGACUACUCUACGACAUCUUUACUAGCACACAGCUCUCAGACGGCGCUGAAUACCUCGGAGCUACCGCCAGAUGUCAAAAAUGGCACGACGAAGCGGAUGAACCUCUUCCAGGCGAUUAACGACGCCCUGGCCACUGCGCUUGUGGAAGAUGAGAACGUGCUCAUCUUCGGCGAGGAUGUCGCCUUUGGCGGCGUCUUUCGAUGCACCAUGAAACUUGCAGAGAACUUUGGGUCGGAACGUGUGUUCAACACACCACUCACAGAGCAAGGCAUUAUGGGCUUUGGCAUUGGUCUGGCCGCCGAGGGUAUGCGACCGGUUGCUGAGAUUCAGUUCGCAGACUAUGUCUAUCCCGCAUUCGAUCAGCUCGUCAACGAAGCGGCCAAAUACAGAUAUCGCGAAGGGAAGACGGGGCGCAGUGUGGGUGGCUUGACAGUAAGAAUGCCCUGCGGUGGUGUUGGACACGGAGCUUUGUACCACUCUCAGUCACCCGAGAGUCUCUUCACACAUAUACCUGGCUUAAGAGUCAUCAUGCCCAGAUCACCACUGCAAGCGAAAGGCUUGCUGUUGUCAGCUAUCCGAAGCAAUGACCCGUGCGUCUUCAUGGAACCCAAGAUAUUAUACCGGGCAGCGGUUGAGCAAGUACCCACCAGCCCAUAUACUUUACCACUGUCGAAGGCAGAGAUACUAAAACCGGGAGAAAAUUUGACCAUCAUAUCCUAUGGACAACCCCUAUAUACUUGCCAUGCCGCUCUCACGAAAGCAGAGCAGGAUUUAGGCAUAUCCGUCGAGCUCAUCGAUUUGCGGACAUUAUAUCCCUGGGAUAGGGAAACCGUGUUCAAUAGUGUCCGGAAAACUGGGAGGUGCAUGAUAGUGCACGAAGCCAUGAUCAAUGCUGGCAUCGGAGCUGAGGUAUCGGCGGCUAUCCAGGGUGAUGCAGAAACGUUUCUGCGGCUCGAGGCACCCAUAACUCGGGUCGCUGGCUGGAGUAUACACAUGCCCCUGAUGUUUGAGAAAUUCAAUAUUCCUGAUGUUGCCAACAUUAAGACUUUGACUAUCCACGAACCCGAACUGCUUUCCGAACUUGGACCUGCUUUCGAGAAAUACAACGAAGAGCAGUUCGCCACCGUCAAGCUGCCCGGCAGCAGCCAGAGCGUCGUUAUAAGUACUCACAAUUCCUUGGGUGAUGGCCGGUACUUCGACCCCGAAAGCGCAUCGAGCUUCGCCUUUGAUCAUGCUACACAGAAAGCGAGCGAUGUCCAAAGCUAUGUUCUAGAAGGCCCGCAGGCGGAGUUAGUGAAAUCAACCCUGAAAAGCUUGUCGGCGUAUGUCCAAGAGCACUACUCCAGCGCCUCGUACGGCGUCUAUCCCAUCGAAAACGACACGAAAGUUGCCAUCAUCAUCGUGUCAAACAAGUACAGCCCGAACAACUUUUGGAACGGACGGUGGCGAUCCCUGUACAUCUUCAACCCUUCUUCGGGGAGCCUUGAGGGCAGCAUCAAAGUCGACGUGCACUACUACGAGGAUGGCAACGUGCGCCUAUUGACCAACAAACCCAUUACAAGCUCCGUUUCUUCGGACACAGGCGCGGGCAUCUCCAAAGAGAUCGCGGCGGGCGAGAAGAAAUACCAGGAAGAGCUGAACAGGGGCUUCACCAACCUCAGCGAGGGCGCGUUCAAGGGCCUGCGUAGACAGCUUCCUGUAACGAGGCAAAAGAUCGAAUGGGACAAGGUGGCUAGCUACAGGGUAGGGCAGGACAUUGGAGGCGGCAGCUCGAGGAGAUGA